GACAAACCUAAAGCUCCGGACCACGACUACUAUCGAGCCUUAGAGGACCAGGUCCUUCCCUCAGCCAAGGAGCAGUAUACAGAUGUGGAGACCAUAUGGAUAAAGACGGAAAAUGCUGAGAACAACACGUCGGGUAUUACAAACUAUAUGGUUGCUGUCACGGACAACGGUGACCAUCCUAUGCUUUCUGUAAGCAACGAGGUAGUCGUCAAAACCGAAGAAUCAGAAGUUUGCAUUGAUUACCAACCGUCCCAAGUAGAUCAUGACCAGAUUGUUACAGUUACUCUGAAGUCAGACAACCUACCGGUAUUACAGGAUAGCAGAGUUUUGGAGAGUGAGGUAAACUAUGAGGAGAGCUGUGUUGAGCGUGAUGAACACAGACAGCACAAGAAACCCAAAGGGAAAGCAAAGUUUAUCGGCCAAUCGGCGGCAGAAAAGGAAAUGGCAGUGCGCAUGAUAGAGAACAUGAAGCUGAAGCAAGGAACUUCUGAUCCUCUUGAGUGUCAGAUCUGCGUACCGUCCAGAGUGUUUACUGCUCCUACCACUCUCAUUAGCCACUACCGUAGUCAUGCAGGCAUCAAGCCUUACGAGUGUCACUUGUGUGGAGGCGUUUUCACAAGACAGCACAGUCUCAACUACCAUCUGCUUAUCCACUCCAAUAAGACUCGGUUCACAUGUUCCGACUGUGGGCGCAAGUUUCGGCAUCCCUCCCAUUUCAAGGAACACCAGCGGAGACAUACAGGCGAAGCUCCUUUUGAGUGCUCUGAUUGUAUUAUCAGGUUCAAAACUCGAAAUACGUACAAGAGGCAUUUGAAAACGCGGCACGGAAAAGUUCUUACCCAGUCCGGAGGGAUAAUCAUCCUAUCCGAGGAGGAAUUUCGGAGAGUCCGGACUGCCCCCAGGUCCCUGCAAACACGUGUGUCCAGCGACAAGGAGAACAAUAGACGACCCCGUGCUAAGAUGGUUAACCUCUUGCGGCGUGGCAAGAAGAGGUCCGGAGAAGAAGAGGUCGAUGAUGUUGUCCAGAAGUACAAUCUCAGUGGAAACUGGAGCACUAACUUGUUGGAACCUGAGGAACAAGAACAGGAACAGGGAGAGGUACAACAGGUGACAAUCCUGCAGGCGGUAGGAGGAGGGAGUGGACCUACCACUGUCAUGGUCCUCUCAGCUGACAAUUUACUCUACAACAACAUAACUACUUAAACGCAACAAGAUCUCUUCCGUGCCAUUCACCAAUUCUGACAGUUUCUUUUUGUUUUGUAAAACUUUUAAUGGUUUUCAGAUUAAUAAUUUUAUUUUUUUACACAAAGACAUCAUUUGAAAUCUACUCAUUUCGGAAUAGUUUUUUUUCUGUUGGUCAAAUUUUGGAAUAAAAUAGUUUAUUUUGAUUGUUUU